UUCAAAAACUUCCCAAUUCCCAAUUCCCAAUUCCUAUAGGCUAUAGCCCAGCUCUGCCUCUCUGACUCUCUCUCUCUGUCUCACACACGCACACACGCGCGCACACAGAGACACACUUCCUCUCUCUUUCACAUCACAAACUCGCUCUUUUUCUCGGUCUCUAUGGUUCUAUGGUUGGAUCCUGCAAUUCCUUCUUCACGAUCACUGACUAUGGCUAGAGUCAGGGGAGAGCCAGGGGGUUUAUUUAUAAUAUAGUCAUAUAUGUAUAUAUAGAUAUAUCUCUCUUGCUCUGUCUUUUUGCUCCACCUUCUUUUUCAUUCUUCACUUCUGGGUUUUGUUUAAUUUUAUUUUUUGAAGUUCCUGAGGUGGGUUUUUGUUAACUGGAUCUGGGGCCAUUUCUUUUGGUGAUUUUGUUUUGUUUGAAUUUUUUUUUUUCGACUCUGUUUGUUUGAGCGAAAUGUGCGUUUUCGAGCUGGUUCUUAAUCUGUUCAUCUACAUGUUGUUUUUCCCUGUGGUUGAACAAAUCUUGAAUUUGUAGAAUUCUAUGUUACUUUUGUUGGGUUCCAGUGCUUGAAGGCAACUACUUCUCGGCAUUUGCCUAUCAUUGGUUUUGUUAUUAUUAUUAUUAUUUUUUUAAGAAAGUAUUUUCUGCUUCAAUUCUACCUGGGUGGAUUUUGUAAAGUGUGUGAGGUUUCUGUGGCUUUGGAAAUCAUCGGUGGCUGCUACAGCUUGUUUGAGCUCUGCAACUGUAGCAGUCUUCAAUUACUUGAGGGAGCUGAUGGGUACAACAAACAAGAGUGUGAACAAAAAAAUGUCUAAGGGUAACCAAGAUCUGGCAUCAGUUGAAGAAACUAAAGAUGGAGGAAACUUGGAAGGAGGGGGUCCUUUGAAGAAAGGCCCAUGGACAUCAGCAGAAGAUGAAAUUUUAGUGGAGUAUGUUAAAAAGCAUGGAGAGGGGAACUGGAAUGCUGUCCAGAAGCACUCAGGACUUUCUCGGUGUGGCAAAAGCUGCCGUCUACGAUGGGCAAAUCAUCUGAGACCAGAUUUGAGGAAGGGUGCAUUCACUACAGAGGAAGAGCGCUGUAUCAUUGAACUCCAUGCUAAGAUGGGAAACAAAUGGGCUCGAAUGGCUGCAGAGUUGCCUGGCCGCACAGAUAAUGAGAUAAAAAACUACUGGAAUACAAGAAUUAAGAGAUUGCAACGAUCUGGCACACCAAUUUAUCCACCUGAUGUGUGUAUGCAAGUAUUUAAUGGUAGCCGAGACAAUCACAUGGGUACAUUGGAAACGGCAGACACACAACAUGGCGAUCUCUUGCAGAGAGAUGGUUUUGAGAUUCCUGACGUGGAUAUCAAUAGUGUACUCAAUAAUGGUUAUCUUUCUUAUUCUCCAAAAUUUCUUGAUAUUCCUGCAACCAGCAUGCUCAAACAAGGUGUCAGUUCAUCCCUUACUCAUAACGUUAUAUUCCCAACAAUGCCUCCCCACAAACGCCCCAGAGAGUCAGAGACCUUAUUCCCUUCUCUGGAUGGUAGUGACAGCAGCUGUCUCCCAAUAUUCAAUCACUAUGCGGAUUACAAUUGUGAGAAGGCUGCUGAAUCCUUUAACUUGUCUUCUUCGUUUGAUCCUGAUCUUAAUACCAAUGACCAGUUACCAUUCAGUGUUCUUUCUGGCAGCCAUGCCUUUUUAAAUGGCAAUUCUUCUUCUUCCGAGCCCAUAUCUGGGGCUAUGAAGUUGGAGCUCCCUUCACUCCAAUAUUCAGAAACUCGACCUGGUAGCUGGGGCAUGCCUGCUUCCCCGCUUCCUUCCCUCGAGUCUGUUGAUACCUUGAUCCAGUCUCCUCCAGAAGAGCAGAUUUGUGCAGAUUGCCUUUCACCGAGGAGCAGUGGUAUGUUGGAAGCAAUACUCUAUGAGUCACAGACUUUGAAAGGAUCAAAGAAGAAUCAACCCCAGCAAACUUCAGAUGUUUCUGUCAGGCCAAAAGACACGGUGGAAUGCUCUCCCAUGAAUCCUUGUCAGAUGGAUGGUGACCCAAAUUCACCUUUAGGCCAUUCUGCUGCAUCAAUAUUCAGCGAGUAUACACCUGUCAGUGGAAGCUCAAUGGAUGAACACCAAUCAGUUGAAGCCAUGCUGGGAUGUGGUAUUAUGCCUCAAACAUUCCAUCGGGAUUCAAGCCGUUUUGUUAUAAAUAAAGAAAUUCCAGAUCAGAUAGACUUUACCAGGCCAGAUGCUCUACUUGACCUGGGUUGGUUUGGGCAUAGCAACGAGCAUGGUUUGGGACUUUGUCUCAGGAAGGCUUAACUCGAUCAAGUUUAUCCACUGGCGAUAACUGCAAUUGUUCUUGACCCAGGGGAGCAGCUCUUGUUCUUUGGAAGUGUGGAUGGAAGAAUUUUUGUCAACAUGCUUGAUAUUGGACUAUUGGAGGACCCUUUCUUUGUUGCAGAAGACCAACCAGUUGUGCUAACGCAAGUAAUGUUUGGUGCUUGAUGUUUCCUGUUACUCAUUGGAAAUGGAGUCUCCUUCUGUCACAGGAAUAAAUUCUGUAUGUUUUGCUGGUCUUGUUUUUUAUUUUUUAUUUUAAAAGAAAAUACUACCCGGUCUAGAUAA